UCUUUCGCUGCUGAGCCCCCCAAGGGGACCUGGCGAGAGUGAGGAGGCCCGGGGCUGUCUGGGACCAGGGCGGGGGCAGCCCUGGCACUCGAGGGGCCUCCUGCGGCACAGUCUCGCAGUGGUCUGGGAACUGCCUGUGUGUCAGGGACCCGGAGGAGGUGGCCUGGGAGCCUGAGAGAGAGGGCGGGUGGAGAGGAGACGGGCAGAGAGGAGGCGGAGGCAGGGGCUGGGCCGCCGCGAGCUGGGAGGCAGGCGCGAGCAGCGGCCGCCCCUGGGCUGGGCUCCGAGGCCGGAGCGGGGGCUGGCCGCGCGUCGGGCGCCAGGCCCGGGGCUGUGGGCACCGUGCCCAGCCCCCGGCGCACGCCGAGCCGCCACCGCCGCCGCUGCAGUCAGCAUCCAUCAGCGGGCGGGGGUGUCGCGGAACAGGCUGCUCCGCAGAGCCCGUCGCGACCCUGCGCCGCCCCGCCCCGCGGCCUGCCGGCCAGAGGAGUCGAGGGGGCCGCCCCUCGCCCAACCUGCCCGAGAUGGGGACCCCUGGGCCCAGGCGUGCUGGUCACCAUGACAACAGAAACAGGCCCCGACUCUGAGGUGAAGAAAGCUCAGGAGGAGACCCCACAGCAGCCUGAGGCCGCCGCCGCUGCUGCGACCACCCCUGUGACCCCCGCAGGCCAAGGCCACCCAGAGGCCAACUCCAAUGAGAAGCAUCUUCCCCAGCAGGACACGCGGCCUGCUGAACAGAACCUAGACAUGGAGGAGAAGGACUACAGUGAGGCCGACGGCCUGUCGGAGAGAACCACGCCCAGCAAGGCCCAGAAGUCACCUCAAAAGAUUGCCAAGAAAUACAAGAGUGCCGUCUGCCGGGUCACUCUGCUUGAUGCCUCAGAGUAUGAGUGUGAGGUGGAGAAACAUGGCCGGGGCCAGGUGCUGUUUGACCUGGUCUGUGAGCACCUCAACCUCCUGGAGAAGGACUACUUCGGCCUGACCUUCUGUGAUGCCGACAGCCAGAAGAACUGGCUGGACCCCUCCAAGGAGAUCAAGAAGCAGAUCCGGAGUAGCCCCUGGAAUUUUGCCUUCACAGUCAAGUUCUACCCCCCUGAUCCUGCCCAGCUGACAGAAGACAUCACAAGAUACUACCUGUGCCUGCAGCUGCGAGCAGACAUCAUCACAGGCAGGCUGCCCUGCUCCUUUGUCACACAUGCCCUGCUGGGCUCCUACGCUGUACAGGCUGAGCUGGGCGACUAUGAUGCCGAGGAGCAUGUGGGCAACUACGUUAGCGAGCUCCGCUUCGCCCCUAACCAGACCCGGGAGCUGGAGGAGAGGAUCAUGGAGCUGCAUAAGACAUACAGGGGGAUGACCCCAGGAGAAGCAGAAAUCCACUUCUUAGAGAAUGCCAAGAAGCUUUCCAUGUACGGAGUAGACCUGCACCAUGCCAAGGACUCUGAGGGCAUCGACAUCAUGUUAGGUGUCUGUGCCAAUGGCCUGCUCAUCUACCGGGACCGGCUGAGAAUCAAUCGCUUUGCCUGGCCCAAGAUCCUCAAGAUCUCCUACAAGAGGAGUAACUUCUAUAUCAAGAUCCGGCCUGGGGAGUAUGAACAAUUUGAGAGCACAAUCGGCUUUAAGCUCCCAAAUCACCGGUCAGCCAAGAGACUGUGGAAGGUCUGCAUUGAGCAUCACACAUUCUUCCGGCUGGUGUCCCCUGAGCCUCCACCCAAGGGCUUCCUGGUGAUGGGCUCCAAGUUCCGGUAUAGUGGGAGGACCCAGGCACAGACCCGUCAGGCCAGCGCCCUCAUUGACCGGCCUGCGCCCUUCUUUGAACGUUCUUCCAGCAAACGGUACACCAUGUCCCGCAGCCUUGAUGGAGCAGAGUUCUCCCGCCCAGCCUCAGUCAGCGAGAACCAUGAUGCAGGGCCUGAAGGUGACAAGCGGGAGGAGGAUGGCGAGUCUGGGGGGCGACGGUCAGAGGCUGAGGAGGGAGAAGUCAGGACCCCAACCAAGAUCAAGGAGCUAAAGCCGGAGCAGGAAACCACGCCGAGACACAAGCAGGAGUUCUUAGACAAGCCAGAGGAUGUCUUGCUGAAGCACCAGGCCAGCAUCAAUGAACUCAAGAGGACCCUGAAGGAGCCCAACAGCAAACUCAUCCACCGGGAUCGAGACUGGGAACGGGAGCGCAGGCUGCCCUCUUCACCAGCCUCCCCCUCCCCCAAAGGCACCCCCGAGAAAGCCAAUGAGUCCCAGAGGACCCAGGACAUCUCUCAGCAGGACUUGGUACCUGAGCCUGGAGCAGCCACAGGCUUGGAAGUGUUCACUCAGAAAAGCCUCGCAGCGUCUCCUGAGGGUUCAGAGCAUUGGGUAUUUAUAGAAAGACAGUACACUAGGCCAGAAGAUCUCGGUCUCCUAAAAGUGACCACCACCCAGCAGGAAGAAAGGCAGUCAGGCCUUGCUGGUAUCCUUGCCGACGGCAGACUCUCCAGGGUAAACGUUCUGGUGGACAAGUUCAAGGUGGAAGUGGCCAUGGAAGAAAUGGUGGGAACCAGAAGAGCAAACACCCAGCAACGAGGAAGAAUGAUUGCAAGUCCUGAAGACUUUGAGUCAGUGUGGGAGGGAGUCCCCUGGAUCAGGGAAGGCCCGGAAGGGGCUGCCCUGGCUUCAGACCACACAUUGGCGGAAAAGCUCCUCGAGGGCUCUGAGCUCAGGGAGGCAGAUACCAGAGAGGCAACCAUCAGGGACCGCUGCAUGUCAGAUGGUCAGCUGGAGGGCCAGACAGAGCUGAGAAAGGGGCUGGAGGAGCUCCACACUUGUGGGAGGCCCACUGCUCCAGGGACCGGGCCAGCAGAGGUGGACGUCCUCUCUUCAGCCUCCAACAAGGGAGGACUCCAGUCGUUUCUAUUGGAUCCAGCCCACACAGAAGCCAGAGCUGAGUCGAGCGAUGAAACUGAUACCUUCUUUGCAGAAAGGAGCUUCUAUUUAAACUAUGAAGAAAAAGACUCAGAAGACCAAGUCUUCCCUCCAUCCCUGGAGGAGAGACAAGGGCACCUGGAUGCCCCUCCUGGAGGUGAGCCCAGGCCGUCACCUAAUUCCUCAGACCUGAGAGGUUCUGCCACCGCUUCUAGCAGGAGCAAGGACGAAGCCCACAUGGCUUCCCCAGAGGAAGGGGCAAGGACCCUCAAGAACCAUGGAGGACCUGGUGACCUGAAGGGACCUACUGCAACACAGACAUUUGCUGGAGACUGCGAAGAUGCCCAGUGGGGAGUGGAAGGAUCGUUUACCCACCCAACAGCCAGCACAGCCUUCGAGGAGGAGGCCCUUGUGAGUGGAGAUUUGCUGGGAAAGGCUCUGAAAAGUCCCUCAGAGGAACUGAAGAACCGCCUUCCUCACAGAGGAGGAGGUAUGCAUCCCGACCCCCAGGCCUGCGCCCUUCCUCAGGCUGUCCCUCCGAAUGUCAGGAAGCCAGCCAAACCAGACAGAGGCAGUUUCCCACCCAAAGACAGGAGAGCGGUUCCCACCCGGAAAGGCGGGGCUGAGCUGAAGGAUUGCGAGGCCUCAGCAUUUCUUCACAUGGAGGUGAUCAUCCCCCUGCCAGCCUCCCCCGGUCAUUCGGAGGACCUGGCAGCUCAGGAGGAAGCUUCUCCAAGCCCAGCCUCCCAUGGGUCAGGGGAGCCCUCGGAGCUCAGGGAGCCCUUUCUCAGACAUGUCCAUCUUUCGAAAGCCAGUCCAGAGCCCAAGGACCAAGUAGGGUUUGUGGUGUCCCCUAACACAGGAGGUGAGCGCAGGCCACCUCCCAUCACCAGCAGAAAGCCCAGAGUAGUCCCUGAAGAAGGUGAGGGGCGCAUACCUCUGGGGUUAGUGUUCCCUUCAGGGAAGCAAAGGGAGAGGACCUCUUUCCAGGCUGGGGGCCAAGAGGGCUCCCUAGAAGAUAUUAGCAAGACCUCAGUGGCCAAUAAAAUUCGGAUAUUUGAGACCCAUGGAGCUGAAACUCGCCAAAUGAGCCAGGGUGAUGCAAGGGCCCUUCCAAAUGACUUGUCAUCAGAGGCCCCUGCAGGACCUACAGAGUGGCAGUGGAGUAUGCUCUCAGACCUGGGCUUCGUCCAGCUCCAGCCCCCAGGGGACUUUCCUGGCCCCAAAGCCACAGUGAUGCCUCUGGCUACCAGGCACGUCGGGGAGGACACUUCUGCAUCCCACCAGGAAGUACACACAGAACCAGGGCCCGUGUCCCCCGAUUCGGGCUGUGAAACCACGCUGGCAGAAGCUACUGGAACUGGGAACAAAUCCGGAGAUGCGGUCAGGAAAGAGAAACGUUCCACCAACUUAGCAGCCAACACCCCUGGGAAGGGGGGGCUCCUGAGAUUCGCCAGCCCCUCAGGCCCUCAGAGAGCAGGGCUGAGGGAGGGCUCCGAGGAAAAAGUCAAACCACCACGUCCCCGGGCCCCAGAGAGUGACACGGGCGACGAGGACCAGGACCAGGAGAGGGAUGCGGUAUUCCUGAAGGACAACCACCUGGCCAUUGAGCGCAAGUGCUCCAGCAUCACGGUCAGCUCUACGUCCAGCCUGGAGGCUGAGGUGGACUUCACGGUCAUUGGUGACUACCACGGCAGCGCCUUCGAAGACUUCUCCCGCAGCCUGCCUGAGCUCGACCGGGACAAAAGCGACUCAGACACUGAGGGCCUGGUGUUCUCCCGGGAUCUCAACAAGGGGGUCCCCAGCCAGGAUGAUGAGUCUGGGGGCAUAGAGGACAGCCCGGAUCGAGGGGCCUGCUCCACCCCGGAUAUGCCCCAGUUUGAGCCUGUGAAAACGGAAACCAUGACUGUCAGCAGUCUGGCCAUUAGAAAGAAGAUUGAGCCAGAGGCUGUACUGCAGACCAGAGUCUCCACUAUGGAUAACACCCAGCAGGUUGAUGGGAGUGCCUCAGUGGGGAGGGAGUUCAUAACAACCACUCCCUCCAUCACCACGGAGACCAUAUCGACCACCAUGGAGAGCAGUCUCAAGUCCGGGAAGGGGGCAGCUGCCAUGAUCCCAGGCCCACAGACGGUGGCCACGGAAAUCCGUUCUCUUUCUCCGAUCAUCGGGAAAGAUGUCCUCACCAGCACCUACGGCGCCACUGCGGAAACCCUCUCAACCUCCACCACCACUCAUGUUACCAAAACUGUGAAAGGAGGGUUUUCUGAGACGAGGAUCGAGAAGCGAAUCAUCAUUACUGGGGACGAAGAUGUCGAUCAAGACCAGGCCCUAGCUUUGGCCAUCAAGGAGGCCAAACUGCAGCAUCCUGAUAUGCUGGUAACCAAAGCUGUCGUAUACAGAGAAACAGACCCGUCCCCAGAGGAGAGGGACAAGAAGCCACAGGAAUCCUGACCUCUGUGAAGAGAUUCUGGCAUUUCUGGUCCAACCCAAGCCAGAGAACCAUUAAGAAGGGGCCUUCAUUCUGAUUCUCCGACGCAACACCGACGUCCCAGCUGCGACGUACUGUCACUGACGAGAGACUGGGAAGGGAAAAGCAUAUAUAUAUAGAUAUAUAGAGAUAUAGAUAUAUAUACAGGAAACACCGCGUCCUUGCACCGCUGCUGGGGCUGGCAGAGCAGUUGGCCGACAGCAACAAGCAACAUCUGAACACCUACAUUUCCUUUGCAGACAAAUUGAAGAACUGGUGGGAUUUUUUUUUUUUUCAGGAAAAAAAAAUUAUAAUAACCAUAAUCCCUUGCUCACCCCUUUCCCCCUGCCAAAUAACAAAAGCAAGCCAGACCACGAUGAUUGUAGAAGUCCCUCCCACCCUGGUUCUGCACGUCGCAGUUAGCAGACGAGCGAUUCCAUUUGUUCUUCUUCAGCAUCUCUGUUGCCCACUCAAAUGCAAAGGAAAACACUCGCGCAGCAAAGCAAGAGAAGUCGCAGCAGCAAGACACGCACAGCCAACCAUUUUCCAAGAAAGAAAGAAAGAAAGAAAGAAAAUUCCCCACUUGGAAAGAAAAAGGAGGAACACUGGAUUCUUACUUUCUGGAUCUUGACACUGGGCUGCAAAAUCCACCUUCCUCUCUCCCGCCUCCCCUCACCCUCAACUCUCAAUGUCUUGCUGUCAUUUUCUGUCUCAGCUUCUUCCUCCCCUUUCCCCCACCCCACAUGCCUCACCCUCUCUGUCCUGGUCCUGUUGAGGGCCACUGCAGAUGACUGUCCUUUGAAAUGAGAAAAAGGAAAGAAAGCAAGUACAGAAAACAAAGCCACAGGAAGGGAAGUAGACAUUGUGUGUUUAUGGUUUCUCAUGAUGAAGGUGCAGCUUGUAGGAGAUUUGUAUGGAUGUGCUUUUAAGUUAUGUAUAUUACAUAUAACAGGAAACAAAUAUUAAAAUAAACAGUGCUGGUAAGUAUGAA